AUGCUGAUUCACCUCAACACCUUCUUCCUUUUAUUGUGUCUACCCUCUCUAACUUUGUCCUACGAUGAGAGGCCACGGACGGGACACUCGCGGUUCUGGCGGCGCGCAUCGCAGAAAGUAGCAGCAGAGGGAUUUGCUAACCCGAAGGAAAGUGGAGGGUCUUUUCUUACGCAAGUGGAAAAUACGACCCCUCCGGGACAAUCAGAGCCUGUGAACAUGAUAAUAUCAGCCAACUCGGACGCAGAUGUCCUCAAAGAUCAGGAGGACGGUGGUGGUUUAAGGAAUUACUGGUUGUCGUUAUUGUUUGCCGGGGAAUGUUUAGGACAGCACUCGGGCGACAGUCAGAAAGUGGAUCUGGGAGACGGACAUGGGGCUCUCAACGAAACCGCUGUCAUUCGCUACAACUAUAAUGAUUCUCAGUUGGGUACAUGUAAAGAGUCGAUUGAGGGUGGAAACCAUUUCCGGUAUUGGGUCCAGAAUGGUCCAACUAUGAAUACUGGUGCUAUUUUUAUGGCUGCAUCGUACGAGAUGCCUAUAUCGCAACAGCACGGUAUUGUCGCGAAUGGGUAUAAUCUUGGCCGGGAUUAUAUUGUCGGCAAUAUCACUGGAUCGGUCAUACCCACGGCUAAUCUUACCAAUCAAUCCUCUUAUUCCGGCGAAACCAGUUUCGGUGGAUUCAAGUAUCGCACGACAGUCAAAUACCUCAGCGGUCUGCUUCAAAACACGAGUAUAGGUAUCAACCACAACGACAGUGUACCGACAGGAGACAUGAAUGCUAUUGAUGGUCUCGUCGCCCUACUUGAGGUCAAGAUAUCCGAGCGGCCGAAAAACGAUGCUACCGCCCUAUUUCUAAAUCCGCCCAGGCGGGCAUGGCAAAUCCCCGUUCUCUUCGUUGCAUUCAUUAUUUCCCUUGCAUGUUUUUAG